AGGCUUUGCAGGAGAAGGUGGAUAUUAAUGAUUAUGAAUAUAAAAAAAUCCCUAAGCCAAAGGAAAGCUCAUAAAACAACGAAAAGUUGAACUCAGUCUCAGUGGUGAAUAAAUCACCUAGCAAGAAGCAAACUUCAGGUCCUCAAAAUCAGAUUGCACCAUCAAAUGUCAUUGGGAUCUCGAACUCUUUUGACGCUUUGGUGAAUGAGGGGGAGAUUUCUACAAAGGACGCUGAAAAUAAGGAGCAAUAUAUGGAUGAUGACACACUUUCAAUAGCUGGAAAAAUCAGUUCUACAGGUGGUGAAAAGCAGCAGCAAAAUACAGAGGACAUAGAUGCUCCACUUGGGGUCGCAAGUAUUGAUAAUCACAGUGCUGAGCCAAGUCAAAUACAUGUAGCAGCUACACCAACACAGACUAUUUCCAACAUGGAUCUAGCUAAAAUGGUAAACGAUGCACCUGUAGCUAUGAUGAGGAAUACAUCUCCAAAAAAAUGGCAAUCACAGGCUCCAGUCAGUAGCAAUCAACAGCAACAUUCCAAGAACACAGAGGUACGACAAUUUGUUUCGAAGGACAUUAUUCCUUUUGAUGCGCAAAAGACUGAGGCACACAGUUCCAAUAAACCUCACUUUUCCAAUCCUCAUGUCCAACAAAUCAUCAAAGAUACACAAAAUGCAAUGAUGAUGAAUUCUUCUGUGGUUAAACAACCUUUUGUCACUUUGAACACUUCGGUUUUUGAAAUACCUUCACAAUCAGUGGAGUCUUUUGGGGAAUUUGAAGGUGAAUCUGGGCAGCUUAUGCUGUCAACUGGGAAUAACAACAAUGUCAUACAAGCAAAGGUGAGGGAGAUGGCUAUCAAAUCCAAGCUUUGGCUUGACCAACGUGAGGAGGACGAUGAAGAGGACCGGGGUGAUGGUUUUUAUGGGUACUCAUCUGAAGAGACAGAUCAUGAGGUCGAUCAGGAGAGUGCAGGUGAAGAAUUCGAUUCACUAACACUGCCUAAACCAGAUGGUUUACCAACAGCGAGCCAAAAAAGCACAUUAAACCUCAAUGCACCAGCUUUCAUUCCCAGGAACUCUCCAGUUGUUGCUCGCCAAAAUGCAGCAGCUGGAAACGUAGUCCAAAAUGCAGAAACACGUAAUAACCAAAAUUAUCCAGCAGCAGUGUCAACCACUGGACAGCAGCAGCGUAGUGAAGCAACUACAACUGAAGCCAACUCGAUGGUAGUGGCAGUAGCAAGUAAAUCUGGGCAGCAUCAGCAGAAAUACUUUGCAAGCAUUGAAGCUGGACAGCAGAUGCAGAUUGCAAGCCCUGAUGACUUCAGCAGCAAAUUGCGAGCACAUCAAGGGCAGCACUGAUGACUUCAAUCUCAGGACAACAAAAUGGUCAGCAACAACAAAAUGCAACCAGUUCAACUGAUUUAAUGAUGCCUUCAAUGGCUGGAAAGGAGCAACAUGAUUUAAAUAAGUCAUUGAUUACUGUGGAGGACAGAAAAUUACUCGACGCCAUGGUAAGUCCCAAACCAGUAAACUCUCUUAAUAGUAAUGCUCUUCGCACUAGCUGCGGGGUUAAAAACAGGAAUCAAGGCAUACAACAACAAAAAAACAAGGUAAUUGUUGCAAAUACACAAGGUGAAAAUGCCUCGGUGACAUUUGAUGUCGUCCAAAAUGCUCCACAUCCUGUGAACUUGGGGAGAGAAAUUUUCGAAGAAGGAGAAGAAGAUGCAAUGUUACAACAGUGCAGGGCAGAGGCAGCAAGAAAAGGUGAUUUAUCACCUAUGCAUAGCGGAAAAAAUAGGAAAUCUCAUACAAGG